AGAGUGUUUUAAAAUGGAUCUGCAUGAUAAAUCCAAACCCUUUCUAACCCAUAAUGAAAGAGUGUUGUUUCCUUGCUUCAAUAUCUUCCCAUCAAUGAGUAUUCAAUCAUAGCAGAAGCUAGAAACUUCACAUCAAAUACAAAGAUUCGGGGAAAACCUCAUUUUCAUCUGGCCACAUUUUUCUGAACAAACAAUCGCAAUUAAGUAACCAUUAGAGAGAUGAUCGAGACUUAAACUUACUCAUGGUAUAUACUGCUUACUGAAUUUAAUGUCUCCAAUCAUUUUAAGAGGACAGCUGAACAUCUUGACCUCACAUUAAUUGCUAUUAGUUCACCAAUUAAAUUUCCUGCUCAAGCACUCUUAUCCCCUCGCAUUCAGACAUAACUGAAGGUGCUGCAACCCAUUUCAUUUCUGUGCUCACAUUUGUGUAGUUUUAGCUUGAGAUCAUGAAAGCCCAUCAACACAACUGCAGCAAUGGAGGAACGAAGGGGAUUGGCGCACAGCCACAUGGGGAUUGGAGUGCAUUUCUUCUCCAAAGGAGAUAUCUCUUCAUAUGGUUUGUGAUUGCCCUCAUUCCUUUUGCAGUUGUUCGUGCAUACUUCUGGCAUGACCAAGCUGUCUACGAACCCGACACUCCAGUUGAUGAUUCGUCACAUCAAACUGCAAACAACAGAUCCAAUCCUGCUCCCAUAUCCUUGGAGCAAUAUACAAAACCAAACAACAGUGUCAACAGCAUUGGAGGAACUUUGAAUAAACAUAACAGCAUUGAAGGCACUAAUGGUGAUCAUAACAGCACUUUCAGCAGUGGAGCAGAUGGUGAAUGUGAUCUAUCAAAUGGGAAGUGGAUCCCAGAUCCUUCAGGCCCCUUCUAUACAAAUGAAACUUGCCGGGCUAUUCAAGAACAUCAAAACUGUAUGAAACAUGGACGCCCAGAUACUGAUUAUCUACAUUGGAGAUGGAGACCUGAUAGUUGUGAGCUUCCACAAUUCAAUGCAGCUGGCUUCCUUAAUCUUGUGCGUGGUAAAAUCUUGGCUUUCAUUGGAGAUUCCAUUGGGCGCAACCAUAUGCAAUCCCUUGUCUGCCUUUUAUCUCAGGUGGAAGAUCCCAGGGAUAUAUAUAAUGAUGGAACUGAUAAAUUUAGACGAUGGUAUUUCCCAUCAUACAACUUCACUCUUGCAGUGUUAUGGUCACCUUUCUUUGUUAAGGAAACAACAAAAGAGAUAGAAGGUACUACAAGGGAUCAACUCAAACUCCAUCUCGAUGUUGCUGAUGAUAGGUGGACAUCUGAGUUGCAUGAAUUUGAUAUUGUGCUCAUCUCUGGAGGCCAAUGGUUUUUAAAGUCAUCCAUUUAUUUAGAAAAGGAUGAGGUUGUUGGUUGUCAUUAUUGUCCAGGUACUAAUUACACACAGCUAGGGUUUUAUUUUGCCUAUAGGAAAGCCCUCCGUUUGGCUUUUAAGGUCCUCACCUCUUCGCCAGAAUAUAAAGGAUUGACUUUCUUAAGGACUUUUACUCCUGACCACUUUGAAAAUGGUAGGUGGGACAAUGGAGGAUCUUGCGAAAGAACUCUUCCUUAUAAGAACAAUGAGAUUACAAUGGAUGGUAUAAAUAUAGAAAUGUAUAAGAUUCAGUCGGAAGAGUUCAAGAAAGCAGCAAAAGAGGGUGCUGCUAGGGGAUUGAAAUUCAAACUCCUUGAUACAACCUGGCUUUCAUUGUUAAGACCUGAUGGACACCCAGGUCCUUAUCGUUAUUCCUAUCCAUUUGCAAAGGAUAAGAAUGCAAAAGUGCAAAAUGAUUGCUUACACUGGUGUUUACCAGGGCCUAUAGAUACUUGGAGCGAGUUUCUGUUGGAGUUUCUCAAGCGUGAAUCUGAGUGAGUGAUCCUAAGAGGCAGCAUUAUCAGGCAUGCUUUGGAUUAUCAGCACAUAUUGUGAAUUUCUAUAUUUACAAAAUGUAAUAUGUAACUAUUGAUAACCUGCAUCUGGCAUAAUUGCAGAAGGAUGCGAUUUUUUCUGUACUCUAGUAUGAAGGACUCCAAAGGCCUGUAUUUAUAUUCUUUUUCUUUCAGCUAAUUUGGAGAUGUUUUACUUCAA